AUGUCUAGCGAUAUCAAAGAUUUAAUAAGAAAAGAAAAGGAAAGAAGGAAAUUGAUGCGAGAAGAGAACAGGAUCAAAGAAAAAGAAAAAAAGAAAGAUGAUAAUGAUGAUGAAAAGAAGAAAGAAAAGGAAUUAAAUGUAAAGAAUUGUAAAAAUGGGGAUAAACUUUUUUUAAAUAUACAAAAGAAUUAUGAAAAUACUGAUGAACAAAUUAAAGUGGAAGAGGAUGAAAAGAAUAAUAAUAUACAAGUGUCAAAAAAAAAUUAUUAUGACAUUAUAAAAGAAAAAUUUACAUUUAAUAGAGAAUCAAAAAAAGUAAGUUUUGAUGAACCAAAAGCUCCAGUAAAUAAAUUAAAUAAAAAUAAUGACUUGCAAAAGGCUUUCUUAGAAUAUGGUGAUGAUACUGAGAGUGACAAUUCAUUUAAUGAGAAUAUAAAUUAUAAUGAUAAAAACAUAAAAAGUAAAGUACACAAUAAUAUAAAUAAUGAUGAAGAUAAUAAUCUUCCAAAUGAUUUUUUUGAUUCUCUAAAUAAUGAAAAUAAUAUUGAUGAAAAAUUACCAAAAAAUUUGCAGCAUUCUGAUAAUGAAAAAAAUCAAAAAUAUUUAACGACAAAAAGUGAUAAAACAACACAACAUUAUAGCAUGAAUCAAUAUGAUAAUAUUGAUGAUAAAAAAAUAUUAGAAGAAGGAUUAGCUUCCCUUACUUUUAAUAAAGAAAAAACAAAUAAACAUACAACUAGUAAUUAUCUAAAUAAUGAUAACAAUUAUAAUAAUAAUAAUAAAAAUGAACAUGUCGAAAUUUUAGAAACGUAUGAAAUUAUUGAACCUAAUGAAGAUGAUUUAAAAUUUGAUGAAAAUGAUGAUUUUCAUAAAAAAGUAUUAAAUAAAAGAAGAAAAAUUGAAAAGAAUAAUUUAAAUGAUCUACUGAGUUUAGAAUAUGACGAUGUAGAUGUAGAUUCAAAUGAAGAUAAUGACAAAUCUGAGAAGGAUGUGUUAACAGAAAGUAAUUAUACGACAAAGGAUACAAAUAUAAUAAAAGAAGAACAAGAAAAAGAAAUGAAAAAAAAUUUAAAUGAUUUACAUAUAAAUAGUAAUAAAAAGGAUAAAAAUAACUUACACAAUAGUAAUAAUAUUAUUAAUAUAAUUAAUAAUAAUCUGAACGAUGUAGAAUUAUACAAAUUGAAAGAUUCCGCAUAUUAUGAAGAGUUAGAUUACCUAUAUAAAUUGUUAAUUCAAAAAAAAAAGAACAUCCUAGGAAAUAAAUACAAUGAAGAAAAAGAAAUCAAUGACGAAAAGGAAGAUGUUAUAUUACAAGAAUUAAAUGAUUUUCAUAAAAAGAAUAAUAAUAAUAAUAAUAAUAAUAAUAAUUAUGAUGCUGAACAAAAGAACAACUUUAAUAUUCUCGAAAUUUAUGAAAUAUUAAAUAUGAAAAAGCCACAAGUUGAAAAUGAUUUAUUAUAUACUAGAAUAAAUACAAAAAAGGACACAAAUAAUAUAAUAACAACACAAAAAGAGAAUAUACCAAAAGGAUUUUUUGAUGAUGAAGAAAAAGAUAUAUUAAUUAGAGAGAAUAUAUCCUUAUCCCAGUUAAAUUUAAAAAUAAAAGAACUCAAAAAUGAAAUGAAUAGAAUAUUAUCAGAAGAUAAAAAUACAGAACAAAUGUAUGAAGAGAAAAAAAACAAUUUUAUUGACUAUUUAUAUGAUGACAAAUUUGAUAAUAAGGAACAUUUCUUAAAGGAAAUCAAAAAAAAAAAAAAAAAUAAAAAUGUUAAGAUAAAUAAAUUUAAAAAUAAAAUUAUGGAAAGGAAAGAACAAAAAAUAAAAAACAAUCCUAAAAAAGUUAUGAAAAUGGGAAAUUCACAAAUGGACUUUGAUGAAAUGUUAUUUGACUGGAGAAAAAAAAAAAUUUUAUAA